UCCGACCGUUGCCAUCAACCAAACUGACCAUUUAUGCUAGUUCUGGGCCAGUGGCUAAGUUCGGUCAACAAGGUGUUACAGACUUUAAGGCCACGUCUGAAGGGAAGGACUGCACAAAAAGAGGGUGUGACGACAUAAAAAUAAAACGAGAAUCUGAAGAAAAUUUUUGUGGUGGGGAAAGGAACAGCUGGUUAAUUCCGCCUUGUGAAAUUGAUAUGAAAAAUAUAAUUCAAUGUAAAGAGGAUGACCAGAAACACCAGGAACAAUUUAAUCAAACUGCGUACAGCAAAGCUACAACCACCAUCACAUGUGAUUACCCAACAAAUGACAAGUUCAAUGUUCACUUUUUCUGCAAAGAGAACGGUGCCACCUGUCAGGAAAUUUUACCAACAAAUUCUUCUCCGUGGUCAAAUGAAAGGUUCACCCUCAGAGAAAGCAACAGUAGCGCCAAUAUCUCCAUCAGAAAUUUGUCCUCAAAGGACGGUGGUGUCUACUGGUGUGGACUGAAGUCAGAAUUCUCAAAUCAGUGUGUUAAAUGCAGAAAAAUAAAGCUGGAGGUUAAAAGUAUUACUAACUUCACGAGAUCCCCAACAGUUGGACAGAAUUUCACAUACUGGUGUCAGUACCCAGGCAAUGCUCCCUCUGAAAAAUUCAUUUGUAAGGGAGAAGAUCCAUCUAUAUGUAAACCUCUAGUAAGCACCACGAAGCACAACGUGACCCCUGGGAGGUUUUCCAUGAAUGAUGACAAAAUGAAUCGAAAUAUCACCAUAACAGUGAGAGGUCUUACAACAGAAGACACUGGGACAUACUGGUGUGGAGCAGAACGCAAUGACCAAAAAAAGAGUAAGCCGUUCUUCCACAAAUUCGUCAUGACUGUAGUACCAUCACCAACAUUAUCCACAUCUUCUGCUCCUUCAACUCUCUCAACUACUGCGAGUCAUGGGUAUCCUGCAGGUGGCUCUGAGGUGGUCGUUAUAGUGAUCGUCUGUGUAGCUGUGCUGCUGCUGUUUGUGCUAAUAGCGAUCAUCUACAAACGAUUUUCACAUACCGAAAACACAAGCAAUGAAGCAGCAGCACAGCACAUCAGACAGGAAUUUGACCAAGAGAUGCAAGAACACGCCCAGAAGCCAAACACAGGAAAUGCAACAGACCCUCCUGCCUCGCUGCUUUACUCUACCAUCAACUUUCAAAACAGAUCUGACAAAGCUGCUGGUGAGGCAGCGAACCCCGGCUCCGACUCCCCUGCCUCCGAAUAUUCUACUGUGAAGUACAUCCAAAGUCCAGCCCCGUCAACAUAAAUCCCUGUGAUCAUGACACACAGGAUUAAUCAUCCACAUCGUUUGAGUCACCAAGGUUUGGUGACAGGACCUUGAUACUGAUCUGUAAUAACUAGAUGAGUCCUCUGUUUUUAAUGGCUCUUAAAGCCCCUGUAUUGUAGUCUAUUCCUGCUGCACAGGUGCCAUUUUGGGCUGCUUAGUCAGAGCCCUUUUACCAGCUCCAUCAGCCGGGAGUCGAGUCGAAGAAACUGUCCCUGCUCAGCUAGCCUGGGUUGGGGUGUACAUGUGGGUUUGAUUUGAAUAAUGUAUCAAAAGGUUGAAGACGACGCUGCAAUCAAUGACUCAUCUCAGUGACCGUUCUAGCUUAUGCUUAAAAUAUAUUUAUUCUCCAAGCAAAGACCACAGAUUGCUAUUGUAUUACUGUUAUUAUAGGUGGUAAAAUAUAUUAUUCAUAGUGUGCUUGCCUUAGAGUUUUGUCUAAAUACCUUAAAAAAUGUGUUUAAUGUGUUGGUAUCCUAUUUUCAGGCUUAGCUAUAAUGAGUUCAUCACACAAGACAGUAUUAAAAAUCUGCAUCAUGUUGCUCAACACAUUGUGUGGAAUU